AUGCCUGACUUUGUGUGCCAGAAUAUCCCACGCGAGAAGAGAGUCCUGAUCUGCCCUACUAGUGCCGGCAUCAUUCAGCCAGAAGAGGAUAGCGCAACGAGUCACAUGGACAGUGAGGCCCUGAGGGCUCAAGCACGCGAGGGAGAUGAAAAAGGACUCCAGUUUGAUACGGACCACUUGAAAGUCGGCCCAGUUUCCGACCCGAAAUCUUGUCCUCUCAGUGAAAUUUUGGAGACCGCUCGUCAGAAACUGCAACGUGAUAAGGUGCUACAGGAGGCCGCCGUUGCCAUGGCCAGACAAGAACUCGAAUCAAAGAUGUCAGCUUUGGAACGGCAAGAUAUUACCUACUACCCAGGCUCAGGUUCAGGCUCUGGCUCUGGCCCAGGGCCAAUUAAGACACGGCAAAGAAGGCAUCGGCGACGAUCGAACAAGCACGAACUCGUUCAUUCACUCACUGGCAAUCCAGUGCAUGGAAUGUACGGCAAUGAACUGCACCAAACGCCCUUUAAUCGAGGCUUUUAUAAACAGAAUUGGCGAAUGGGUAUGAGGGGUAACCUUCACCCACUGCCGAAGCAGGAACAUGUCGGUCCCGCUGGCUGGAUACAAGGUCAAUGGGGAACCUCUGCGAGUCUGGCACUGGGAGGACAUACCCAGGUCCUGAGCGACCGUUUGGGAGUGACGAUUCCAGAUGGCCAGAGUGUGGUAGGGGAGAACUGGGCACUCCGCGAAAUGAUCCGAGAGUAUGUAGGGCUGAAUGGCGACGAGAUUAGGUUUCUGCUGGACAUGGAGCUGAUGACGGCGAAGAGACGCUGGCUUGAUUUCACUUGA